AGUAGCAGUGGUGGCGGCCAGCGGUUCGGUUGGAUACGCCGGUUACUUAACGUGUUGCGGUAGAAAGUCGACGAUACUCGACGACACUAGAUCGACCGAGUUGGACCGUACGGUACCUAAUCACCGCCUUCGGGAAUUGCUGCGAGCAACCACCGUCGCGGGAUCCUCCGCUCUCUCGCGAGCGAUUUCUGCGCACCGCUCCGAUCUAUGGAUCUCACGGGCCGCGCGAUCGAUGGAGACAACAAUCCCGUAACGUUAUUGAUCGUCGAUCCGAUCGUGGGAAACGAGUAUGGCAGCGACGAGCAACAUCUGAUCGAUUGACAGAGUAUAGUGUGCAUAGAACAGUUAUUUUUCUUUUCUUUUUUUUUCCUUUUUUUUUGCUCUUACAAUUAGAGUGUCUCUUCGAAAGUGAGGAUGGAGUGCCUCAUCGAACUCUUCCUCUUUUGCGGAGUGGUCUGCUACUUCUUUAAUCUUAGACCUAAUAAAAUGGUAGACGUGUUAUCGACACGUCUGCAGGAGGUAUAUGCCAAAUGGGAAACCAGGACGCAAGUAACGCGAAAUGCGGAACCGACGACCACACCAUUUUCGCUGGAUGGUCUUCGACGAGCCGGCUUGCAGUUGCAUCGAAGGAAGAUUCAGGACCGGGAACAGUCGCGUAAGAUACGAGAGAGCUCAUUGUACAGCAUCAAAGAAACUGAACCGCUGAUGCCUUCGAUCAAACACAAGUCUUCAUUCCUGCAUUACUGUUGUAACACCUGUACGCCCGCUUCCAGGGAUACAUUAGUAAAAUCUGUGCUCAAGCAGCAGCAGCAACCAUAUGGUGUGAAUAUACUGACACAAAAACCAGAUUCUCGAACGCUUUUCUCGAAAGUAUUUACUCAUCUAUAUCUUGUAUUAGGCUUCAAGAAUCAUGAUUAUCCAAGGGUUACAGAAACAGUUCUGAACGAUGAAAAAUUAAAAGAGGCUAUCAAAUUAACCGCAUUAGAAACAGCUAAUCAUGAGGGUUGCAGCGAGGAGAAAGCGUUCGCAAAGGCAGAAGCCAGGGCUAGGAGCAUACUCCUGCAAAUGGAGAGCACUUGUAGCAACGCUUUUAUUAAAAUAGCCACGUGGGUGUUGUACAAAUUGUUGCCUUGUUUCAUACAAUCCAUCGUCGUUAUACCCUCUCAACUGGAGAUGCUGAAGCAGGCGAGUAAUACCGGUUUGCCACUCGUAAUGCUGCCCCUGCACCGCAGUCACUUAGAUUACAUAAUGGUCGACUUCCAAAUGAUUGUGAAUGAUAUAAGGGGUCCAUUGAUCGCGGCGGGGGAUAAUUUGAAGAUGCCAUUUUUCGGAUGGCUUUUGAAAAAUCUGGGCGCUUUUUACAUCAAACGUCGUAUCGAUCCGGUAACAGGACGCAAGGAUCUUCUUUAUCGUGCAACUCUUCAAACGUACAUUAUGGAGAAUCUUCGUGCUGGACACAACAUGGAAUGUUUCAUAGAAGGUGGCCGCACAAGAACCGGUAAACCUUGCAUGCCAAAGAGUGGUAUCCUGAGCGUCAUCGUCGACGCAUACAUGGAUGGCACCAUUGAGGAUGCAUUUCUAGUACCUGUAGCGAUUAAUUACGAACGAUUGGUAGACGGAAAUUUUGUUAGAGAACAGUUAGGGCAAUCAAAAAAAAUGGAGACUUUCACGUCAACGAUUAAAGCUAUGUGGUCAACAUUAAGGGGCCGUUAUGGUAUCGUCAAAAUCGAUUUCUGUCAACCGUUUUCCCUCAGGGAAAUGGUAAAGGCUUUUCAAGCUCAGCAAAAUAAAUUGGCUCUAAAAACUUCAGAAGGAUAUUUAAAAUAUACUAUGUCGAAUUCAUCUCUUUACGGUACAGAUGUAGUUGUGGAGGAACAUCGACAAAUGGUAGAUAGCAUCGCCCGACACAUCGUGUAUGAUUCGUCAACAUCUAUGCCGAUUAUGUCAACGAAUGUUGUUGCAUUUUUAUUAUUAAAUAAGUUCAGAGACGGUUGUACGUUAGACAAACUGGUCGAAGCGUUCGAUUCGAUAAGACAAGAGUUGGAAUUUAGUGAAAAGAACAUAGCGUUUUGCGGGGAGAGUGUUGAUAUCAUUAAUCAUGCGCUGGAUAUCUUAGGACCCGGCCUGGUAAUGCAACAGCGACAAGAAAUUACCGAAGCCAUUGAGGGCAGUCAAUCCUAUAAAUCAAACGUCGUCACAGCGAUCCGUCCCAUAUCAAUUCUACCAAAUGUGAUCGAAUUAUCAUACUAUAGCAACACUAUGCUGCUAUAUUAUAUUAUGGACAGUAUAGUAGUAACAGCUUUGUAUGCUGAAUUGCAGUCUCAGAUCAACGAUCCAAUCGCGAUCGCUGAGAACAAUAUUAUAGUGUUGCAAAACAAUCUGCUCGAGCGGGCGCUCAAGUUAUGCGACAUUCUUAGGUACGAGUUUAUUUUCUGCAGGCCCUGCCAAGAAUUGAGAGAUGUAGUUCUUGAAACAAUACAGAAUAUCUCGCACAAAGGCAUUAUUACCCAGAAAGAGGAAGCUUAUCUAGAGAAUGAACUUUGGAGCAAAAGAUACGCUCAAAAUUUUGAUGACAGUUCAGACGAAGAAUACUCGAGAGAACGGAAAAUCCAGAAGAUUGAAUAUAAACUGAGUUUAAGACCGGAACAUUCUAGUCGCAUGGAAUUUUUACAUACAAUGUUACGUCCGUUAAUUGACACGUACACAUGCAGUGCUUUUAAUUUGAGGAAAUUAGUCGAUCGGUCGGUCAAUGAACGAGAGUUAGUUCAAGAAGUAUUGAACGAAAUCAAAACCAAAGUGGACGGAGGUAUAAUUAGUUAUGGAGAGAGUUUAUGCGUCGAUCCGAUAAAGAACUCCUUUAGACUGUUUGAAAAAUGGAAUGUCCUGACGUGUCAUAUGCAAGAGAACAUUAAAAUUUUUUACUUGAAAGAGGAUUACGAUACGGAUGCGGCAACGAAAAAUGUGUACGAUACUAUAGCUGCUUUUAAGUGGGUCAGAAAUAUAGACUAAAAUAUGGUGAUAUUUCCUACUUCAAUUAAAAAGAGUCUUUGAAUCACAUUAUUUUUUAUAUCUUUUAUAAAAAAAUCUCAUUAAUUAUACACACAUAAACUUUGAUGUCCAACAAUUUUUUUUCUUGCGAACAUUGUCGGACAUGCAACUACAUAUAACUAUAUAGAUUUGUUUGCAUUGCUUGAAAUCUCCCCUAAAUUUUUGAACAAGAUAUAGUGUAAACAUAUAUUUAGAUUUAAAGAAAGAAGUCGAAGAUUUUAAGUGCAAAAAGUACAAGCAAUGCGAACAAACCUUAUACAUAUAGUAUUGUAGUAUGUGUACUACAAUAUACAUGUAAGUAUGUGCAACUUGUAUAUAACUUCUUUUAUCGGAAAAAGAUAAAAAGAGAUAUGAUAUGGUAUAUCACUUGUGAAUGUUCUUAAAAAUAUACGUUGUGUGAUACAUUCACAAUGAAAUACUUAAAAAUCCUGUUUCACGAUGUAGAACUGUACAGAUGCAAAAUUAUAUCAUAGCUCUAAGUUGGUUGU